CAACAGCUCAGCGUCAGUGUAGUCGCUUUACGGCAGAACGUGCUGCUGGAGGUCAGGGGUUUGAUAAGAAACCUAGCGAGCUAAGUAGAGAGUUUAUAACAAAAACCUUGUGUUUUCACUGGUAAAGCGCAAUUAGGGUUCAAAAUACACAUCAACGGGACAGCGUCUGUUGGUGUCGGUGAAACCAGCAGCCCAUCGUUUGUCUUGGGAGUUUUAGUAUUGCGACAUAGCUAGCCUAGCUGACUUUAGCCAGAUCGGUUUGGCUAGCAGCUCCCUGCUAGCUCCAGUUUUUGACCCCUCGGAUCUUUUACAGCCAUGGACAACUCACAAGGAUCUGGAGGAAUGAAAGGAGGUAUCGGGGGUCUCUUUGGAGGCGGUGCAUCUGAAUACUCCAACACAGAGCUCGCCGGUGUUCCCUUGACUGGAAUGAGUCCUCUGUCCCCUUACCUCAAUGUCGACCCUCGUUACCUGAUUCAGGAUACAGAUGAAUUCAUUCUACCUACAGGUGCCAAUAAAACAAGAGGGAGGUUUGAACUGGCUUUCUUCACCAUUGGAGGAUCAUGCAUGACUGGAGCAGCACUUGGAGCUGUAAACGGUCUCAGGGUGAGCCUGAAGGAGACUAGAGACAUGGGAUGGUCCAAACCUCGUAAUGUGCAGAUUCUCAACAUGGUGACCAGACAGGGUGCUUCAUGGGCCAACUCUUUAGGCUCAGUAGCCUUGUUAUAUAGUGUUUUUGGUGUAGCGAUAGAGAAGGCCAGAGGAGCAGAAGAUGACAUCAACACAAUGGCUGCUGGCACGCUAACUGGAAUGUUUUUCAAAUCAGCCAGUGGCCUAAAGGGUGUAGCCCGAGGAGGUCUGGCUGGUUUAGCCCUGUCUGGUGCCUACGCUCUUUACAACAACUGGGACCACCUCACCGGCUCCUCAUCCUCCUCCUCCAGGCUAUACUAACCUCUCUCCCACACACAUCUGCUUCUACAUUAGGGCCAAAUUACUCCCCAGGACACAGCCUGACACAACCACAGGAGAUUGGACUAAAUUCCACAGGGAGCCCAGAUGUAGACCGUCCUACAACCCCCCUCUCUUCAUUUGUUUUUAUACUCUGAGGUGUUCUUGUCACUGAUCUAAUCAGUAAUGACAAUACUCUGUGAGGAUGUUUUAUAGAGGUGUGUCAUUUGUUAUAUUGUUUAUGGGAGGCUUAUUAGUCUUCAUUGAUGCUUAUCCUGAAUCAAUGAACCCAUGAUAUUUGGGUUAAAAGAGCCAAUGUGUAACAUGACAUGUGACAUAUGGGGUGUGUGGUUCAUCAGAUGAACGGCAGUGGAUUCAUGUACUGAUUCUGGACUGAAAGACUUGUAGUAGAAGAGCAAAGAGAUUUUCAACUAUGAUCUACAAACGCAGAACUAAGCCUUAUGGUUCUGCUCUGUAUUUAUUGAAGCGUAAAAGCAGCGGCCUCUGUUUUAAUGUGCAAGAAUCACUGUAAAGCUGUUUGUGUCUCCAUCAAAUCCGCUGUAUUAACUACUAUAUUAAAGGAAA